AUGACCUACCGCUACGCUGGCCGGUUCAGUGCCUAUUCCUCCCGCCGAGCUAACGUUUUUGAUGACCCGUACAUUCCAAACAGCACUCCCUUCAAUACCGACCAGGCUAUUGUCCUCGGCAUGCCCUUGUACGGGCGAUCUUUUGUCGCUACCGAUAGACUGGGAAAGCCGUUCACCGGUGUCGGGAACGGAUCCUGGGAAGCAAGUGUCUCGGAUUACAAGGAUCUGCCGCGCCCGGGUGCCAAAGAAUAUGUGCUCGACCGUGCAGUUGCAAAAUAUAGCUAUGACCUGACUGCCAGGACGUUGAUUAGCUAUGACACCCCACGAUCCGUCGAGCAAAAGAGUAGCGGCGACAAAUCCGGCAACAGUAGCCUCAUAGCGACGGCAGCCAACGCUCUCAGACAUGCAAGGUGUCUGGAGCGAAGCGCAAAUGUCUUGAACUAUUCGAUUUCCCAGUAUUGGAACUAGGAAAACGGUAUGGCGUUACGAUAAAACACCCAUACCAUGGUCAUAUCCUCCAUCAAAUCCUACGGCAUUUGGCCCCUCGCCAUAGCGUGAC